AUGGAGUGCACUUGGAACCGGCCCAUCUCCACGAAGCGGAGGAAAAGAAACGCUGUCGUUGCUCCUCCCCCUCCCCGUGGCAGGCCGGCGCCUCUCUUAGGGAGGCUUCACUUUGCCGGGCGCCAUCUUGGCGAGAUCAGCCUGCAUAACGGCAUGCCGUUCCUGUCGUGGGAGGGACGGAUGUGGAUUGCCUCAAGGACUGGCGAUCCGGCGCCUUUCAAGGCUGUUUGUGAGGCCGCAGAGUCGAUUCUCCAGCGGCAUCAUCUCCACCCAUCCAUGUUGUGUGGAACGGCAGCCCAGCCGAACCUAGACCUGCCAGACAGAAAGGCAAUCGAAGAGGCUCUUUGCAUGUAUUCUGCCACGCCCUUCAAGCGCAUUUGGCCAGUCAUCGACGCUGUCCUCUUCCAGCAGACCAUUGAGGUGGCCUAUAAUCCCCAGACGGCCUGUUUACAGGAGUGGGCCACUGCCAAGGCAUGCAUUUUUGCCUUUCUGGCCCUUCUGGCCAUCCACCACAAGUACCCGCCGUCUCUGCCAAUCCUUGAUGGCGAGGAAUGCGCUGUGAAGGCACAGUGCCUGCUGGCACAGGUGCUGCAAGAGACGACGCUGGUCGGAUUGCAGACGUGCUUCCUUCUAGCCCUGUACCAUCUGAUGCUUGGGCAGCUGCAAAAGGCAGCCGUCUAUAAUUCACUUGCCUGCCGCAUGCUGUUCACUCUCGGCGGCCACACCAUCGUGGUCCCCCUACCAAAGAGCCCGCCCAGCCUCGACUGGCGCUACGACAAUCAGCUGCGCAAGAUGUUCUGGAUGCUCUACUCCUGCGACAAGGAGAUCUCGCUGCGCACUGGCCAGCCGCCGUCCAUCAACGACGACGACUGCGAUUUAACACUGCCCCACGGCUACGUGGAAGCCAAAUACCUCGAGGAAGACAUGCAGGAGGCAGAUGCUGCACUCCUUAACGACACAGCCGUGCCCCUCUUCCCUGGCGACCUGCGCUUGGACAUGCUCAAGUCCAAGACCUACCAGCUACUGUACUCGGCCCGCGCGCUCCGCAAAUCGGACGCGGAACUGAUCCGCGACAUCCGCGAGCUGGACGACGAGCUUGAGGCCUGGCGUUUGGCGGUACCACCGACCUUCCGGCCGUGGCUCUCGCUGCGGCACGACCAGCCUACGUCUAUGAGCGAGCUGCGACACAUGGAGAGGGUCAUGGUGUAUGUGGAGUAUCAUCGUCUAAUAGCAGCCAUCCACGCGGCCACUGGGCGGUGUAGCUCGUGGUCGACUGACAAGCCGUUUGAGAUGCCGGAGGGCGUUGGCUCGAGCAUGGCGUUGGCAGUUGAGGCUAGUCGGUCGACGUUGUUUUUCAUCAAGGCCAUCGUCCAGAAUUUGAUGGGCGAGGUGUUCUGGAUGGCCGUCAUCUACCCCAUCUCGGCGGUCUGGACUAUCUUUUGCAACAUCAUCUAUAAUCCGAUGCACGCCCACGUCGACGGCGACCUGGAGCUGCUCAACUGGGUCCCGCAGCUGAUCCAGGACAUGCGCAAGCGCCGGCUGGCGCGUGACGAGAUGGUACACAUGCGCAUGAUUGAUGACUUCGUGGCCGAACUUGCGAGGCUGGCGGGCGAAGCCGUCAAAAAGGCGCGACGCGACCACCGCAGCGCAUCCAGUGCGUCGUCUUGA